AUGUCGCUGGCCAUGGUGCUGAAGUUACUGGAUAAAUCGUUCGAGAUGACGGAGAUAGGGCGAUCGGGGCGAAUGACGGGUCAUCAUGGACCCUAUUGCACGCUGGACCUCAACGUGCCCAUCAUGCGCCUGUGGCUCAAUGUCGAGGCAGAGCUGAGGGGGGACUUUCGCCUCAGCAGAAGGGCCAUGGAAGCUGUACAGAGGUUGCUGCGGAGAGAGCAGGACCAUGGCUGGGGCGGUGAGCUGGAGCUGCUCAUUUAUGUGUACUGGCUGGCUCACGCUUUGUCAUACACCGUAGUGGCCCGUGUGUUUAACGUGCCGAAAUCCACGGUACACCGAAUAGUGCACAGGGUGGCCAAUCACAUCAGCCGCAACCUUCACCGUGCCAUCUCCUUCCCCCAGGCUGGUGACCUGCAGGCAGUUGGCCAAGGGUUUGCCGACCUCUCCGGGACCCCUGGCUUCAAGAAAAUUGUGGGUGCGAUAGACGGGAGCCACAUCCGCAUCAAGCCACCUGCACAGCAUCGGAUAGAUUACCUGAAUUACAAGGGUUUCUAUUCGAUCAACCUGCAGGCCAUAUGCGAUGCGAGGGGGAAAUUCCUCGACAUCUUUGUUGGCUACCCGGGGUCUGUCCAUGACACGAGGGUCAUGAAGAAUAGUAGUGUGUACCGGGCCGGAAGGUACCCUCCACCAGGAUUCAUGAUUCUCGGAGAUGGAGGCUACCAGUGUCUAGACGCACCAGUCUGCGUCAUGACCCCGUAUAAGGAGCCUGUGAAUGGCCCAAUACAGGCCCGCUACAACUACCACCACGCAAAGGGCCGUAGCAUCAUUGAGAGGGCGUUUGGAAUGAUGAAGACCAGGUGGAGGUGCACCCUAUUCAAGGCCCUGGAGGUGAGGCCCACAUUCACACCCCAGAUCAUCGCAUCUUGUGCCUUCCUCCACAAUGUCUGCAUGGACAAUGGUGACCUGCUGGAGCCAGAUGAGGACGUUGCACGGGAUGUGUUUGACCCUCAACCUCCCCGGGACCCCCUUGCCAUAAAUGAGAGGCCUGGGCAUGCAACCAGGGACUGGCUGGCAGCUCAACUGUGA